CAUACCUCUCUAUAAAUACACUUGCUUCCACAUAUCAGUUCUCCACCAACCAUCUGUUUUCCAAUUAACAACUUAGUUGCUAUCAUGGCUUCUCAAUUCGAUGAUGUGAUUAAUCUUCGACCUGGGAAGGAGACAUGGAGGAUGCUGGUCAAGAUCAUACGCAUCUGGUAUAGCCAGGGCUAUACUAAUUCCAAAUUACCAUUAUCUCUGGAAAUGGUUGUAAUGGAUGCCAAGGGGGAUAAAAUACAUGUCAUCAUUAGGAAGACAAUCAUGUAUAAAUUUGAGACGACUCUUAUUGACGGAAACGUCUAUAGCAUGUCCUAUUUUGAGGUUGCUGACAAUACUGGGUUGUUCAAACCAACUAAACACCCCUACAAAGUUAAUUUCCAGUUUAACACUGAAGUCCGCCCAAUGAACCAAAAUCCCAUUUCUGUUGAUCCUUAUUCGUUCGUCCCUCUUGCUGACGUGAUGUCUACCGCUUAUGAUACAAAUUUUUUAAUUGACGUCAUUGGAAUCCUCACUGUUGUUGGAACUGAGAGGGUGAUUGAAAGUCAUGGAAAGAAAACAAAGAUGAAUGUCAUUGAAAUUGACUCUUAUGGGGUCAAGAUGGAGUGUGCCUUAUUUGGACCCUAUGUCGAAGAUCUCAAUCUGUUCCUUAAUGGUGGUGAAAUGGUGAACGUAGUUAUUCUUCUCCAAUUUGUCAAAGUCAAGACAUGGCAAGGGAAUUUGUCUUUGCAAAAUGUGCAUGGGGCUACAAAAAUGUUGUUUAACCCCGCAGUCGACAUAGCUGUGGCUGUCAUGGAAAGCAAGUAA